UCCUUAUCAAUGUUAUCUUGAGUUUCUUUGACUUUCCUCAACAUAGCUAUUUUGAAUUAUCUGUAUGAAUAGUCACAUAUUGUUAUUUCUCCAGGACUGGUCCCUGGUGCCUUAUUUAGUUUGUUUGGUGAGGUCAUGUUUUCCUAGAUGGUCUUGAUGCUUUUGGAUGUUCAUUAGUGUGUGGGCAUUGAAGAGUUAAUAUCUAUCGUAGUCUUCACAGUCUGGGCUUGUUUGUACCUAUCUUUCUUGGGAAAGCUUUCCAGGUAUUCAAAGAGACUUGAGGGUUUUCAUCUAAGAUUUUGGUCUCUGCAGCCAUAUUUACAUUAGGAAGCACCAUAAUGUUAUGGUUCUUGUAGCCUCAUAGAGGUACCACCUUAGUGGUCUUGGAUAUAAUUCUGAAGAAUUCUCUGGAUUACCAGGCAGAGACUCUUGUUCUAUUCCCUUACUUUUUCCUAAACAAAUGGAAUCUCUCUUUGUACUGAGCUGGUUGGAGCUGGUGGGGGGAGUGAUACAAGUACCCCUGUGACCACUACCAUUGAAUCUGUUGGGUCAGACCUGAAGCCAGCAUGGUACUGAGUCUUGCCCAAGGCCGACAAUAACCACUGCAUUGGUACCACUGGUGAGUCCAGAGAUGCUGUCUGGGAGCCAGGGCCUAGAGUCAGAAACUUUAGGAAUCUACCUGUUUCUCUAUUCUACUGCAGCUGAGUUGGCAUUCAAACCACAGGACAAAAUCCCUCCCACUCUUUCCUCCCCUUUCCAUAAGCAGAGAACUCUCUCCCCAUGGCCACCACCACCUCAUGCCUGUGGCGAGUAGCCCCUGGCUUCCACUUAAAUGCAUCGAAAGCCUAAGAGUUCUUCAGUCAGUUUAUGGUGAAUGCUUUCAGGCCUGGGACUCUCCCUUCUUGGCAGUGGGCUCCCCUCAGGCCCAGGGCAGGUCCAGAAAUGCCAUCCCAGAAUCACAGCCUAAAACUGGGGACCCCAAGCAGGCUCUUGGUGUGUGGCUGAGCUGGCACCUAAGCUUCAAGAGAGCUAAAGUCCCUUUUACUCUUGUUUCAUCUUUUCUCAAACAGAAGGAAUGUUUCCCUAAUAUGGUUUGUAUCUAUGCCCCCACCCAAAUUUCAUGUUGAAUUGUAAUCCCCAGUGUUGGAGGUGAGGCCUGGUGGGAGGUGAUUGGAACAUGGGAGUAGUUUUGAAUGGUUUAGCACCACCCCCCUAGGGCUGUUCUUGUGAUAGAGGUCUCGCAAGAACUGGUUAUUUAAAAUCGUGUAGCCCUCACCUUUCUCUCUCUUUCUCCUGCUCCAGCCAUGUGAGAAGUGCUGGUUCCCCCUUCACCUUCUACCAUUAUUUUAAGUUUCCUGAGGCCUCUGCAGAAGCCAAGCAGAUGACCAGUAUCAUGCUUUCUAUACAGCCUGUGGAAAUAUGAGCCAAUUAAACCUCUUUUUUUAAAUAAAUUACCCAGUAUCCAGUAUUUCUUUAUAGCAGUGUAAGAACCAACUAAUACAGAAAAUUGGUACCUAGGAGUGGGACAUUUCUAUAAAGAUUCCUGAAAAUGUGAAAGCAACUUUGGAACCACUGCUGGUAAUGGGCAGAGGUUAGAAAUGUGGAGGGCUCGGAAGACAAGGAUAAGGGAGAAUUUGGAAAUUCCUAGGGACUUGUUAAAUUGUUGUGACCAAAAUGCUGAUAAUGAUUCAGACAGUGAAGGCCAGGCUGAAGAGGACUCAGAUGGAGAUGAGGAACUUAUUGAUAAUUGGAGCAAUGGUCAAUUUUGUUAUGCUUUGCAAAGAACUUGGAGGCAUUGUGCCCCUGCUCUAGGGAUCUUUGGAACUUUGAGCUUGAGAGUGAUGAUUGUGAUGAUUUAGGGUAUCUGGCAGAAUAAAUUUCUAAGCAGCAAAGCAUUCAAGAUGUUACCUGGCUGCUUCUAACAAUCUAAGUUCACAUGUUUGAGCAAACAAAUAAUGUAAAACUGGAAUUUAUAUUUAAAAGGGAAGCAGAGCAUUAAAGUUUGGAAAAUCAGCAGCUUGGCCACAUGGUAGAAAAAGCCAUUUUCAGGGGAGGAACUCAAGCAGGCUGCAGAAAUUUGCAUAACUAAAAGAGAGGCAAAUGUUGAUAGCCAAGACAAUGGGAAUUUCAGAGUCCAAGGAAUUUCAGAGUCCUUUGUGGUGGCCCUUCUCAUCACAGGUCCAGAGACCUAGGAGGGACGAAUAGUUUCGUGGGGCAGGCAUAUGCAGCCUUGGGACACUGCUACCUCCAUCCCAGCUGCUCCAGCUCCAACCAUGGCUAAAAGCAGCCCAGAAACAGCUUGGACUGCUGCUCCAGAGGGUGCAAGCCAUAAGCCUUGGGAGCUUACACAUGGUGUUAAGCCUUCAGGUGUGCACAGUACAAGAGUUGAGGCUUGGGAGGCUCCACCUAGAUUUCAGAGGAUGUAUUGAAAAGCCUGGAUGUCCAGGCAGAAGCCUACUGCAGAGGCUGAGCCCUCAUGGAGAACCUUUGCUGGUUGGUGCAGAGGGGAAAUGUGGGGUUGGAGUCCCCACACAGAGUCCCAACUAAGGCACUGCAUAGUGGAGCUGUGAGAAGAGGGCCAUCGUCUUCUAGUCCCCAGUGCCUGGAAAAGCUACAGACUCUCAAUGCCAGCCCAUUAAAGCAGCUGUGUGGGCUAUACCCAGCAAAGCCUCAGGGGUGGAGCUGCCUAAGAUCUUGGGAGCUCAGCCCUUGCACCAGUAUGCCUUGGAUGCAAGACGUGAAAUCAAAGGAGAUUAUUUUGGAGCUUUAAGAUUUAAUGACUGCACUGCUAAGUUUUGGAUUUGCAUGGAGACUAUAGCACCCAGUUUUUGGCUGAUUUUUCCCUUUUGGAAUGGGAGUAUUUACCCAAUGGCUGUACCCCCAUUGUUUCUUGGGAGUAACUAACUUGUUUUUUAUUUUACAGGCUCAUAGGCAGAAGGAACUUGCCUUGUCUCAGGUGAGACUUUGGACCGUGGACUUUUGAGUCAAUGCUGAAAUGAGUUAAGACUUUGGGGGACUGUUGGGAAGGCAUGAUCAUAUUUUGAAAUGUGAGAAGGACAUGACAUUUUAGAGGGGCCAGGGGCAGAAUGACAUGGUUCACAUUUGUGUUCCCACCCAAAUCUCAUGUUGAAUUAUAAUCCCCAAUGUUGGAGAUGAGGCCUGGUGGGAGGUGACUGGAACAUUGGGGUGGUUUCUAGUGGUGUAGCACCAUCCCGGUAAUGCUGUUCUUGUGAUAGAGUAUUCAUGAGAUCUGGUUGUUUGAAAGUUUGUAGCACCUCCCCGCUUCCUCUCUUCCUCUUGCUCUGCCAUGUGAAAAGUACUGGCUCUCCAUUUUCCUUCUACCAUGUUUUUAAGUUUCCUGAGACCUCCCCAGAAGCUGAGCAGAUGGCCAGCUCUGCUGUAAAUGCUUCCUGUACAGCCUGCAGAACCAUGAGCCAAUUAAACCUCUCUUCUUUGGAGUUACAAAACGGCCGACCGGAGCGUGUUCUGCGGCAUUCCUCCAGCGGUCUCGGGCUGAGCUGGUGCUGUCACCUCCUUGCUGAACACAGCAUGAGGUGCCCCCCGCCCCAGGGACAUGGUGUUUGAGUCUCAGGGCUUGCGGAGCACCAAGUCCUCUGAGAGUCACAGUGCAGCACCCGAAGUGGCGGAGCACGCACAGCCCGGACACCACCAGCCACUUCAAAAUCCAGUGUCGCCGCACCUUGUGUUUCGCCGUGCUCAAGACCAGCUAGUGCUGCGGCUGCCGCCGGGCAGGUUUGGAAACAUGGCCAAAAUAAUUGCCGAGAAGGAACUGACAGAUAAGAAUUGGGAUCAAGAGGAUGAAGCUGAAGAGGUGGGAACAUUCUCACUGGCCAGUGAGGAAGUCUUGAAGAACAGAGCAAUAAAGAAACCAAAGCGCAGAAAUGUGGGGUUUGAGUCUGACAGUGGAGGAAACUUUAAAGGUUUUAAAGGUUUGGUUGUACCUUCUGGUGGAGGAUGGUUUCCUGGAUUUGGUAGCAGUGCUGGAGGGAAGCCUUUAGAAGGACUUUCAAAAGGAAACAACGUAACCAGUGCCCUUCCCUUCACCAGUGCAAGGGCAGCAGCAGAGCCCAAGGUAGCCUUUGGUUCUCUUGCUGCAAAUGGCCCUACUGCCUUGGUUGAGAAAAAAGUUUCAAAUCCCAAAACGAAUGGGGACAGUCAGCAGCCCUCCUCCUCUGGCCUUGCUUCCAGUAAAACUUGUGUCAGGAAUGCCUAUCACAAGCAGUUGGCUGCCUUGAACUGCUCCGUCCGGGAUUGGAUAGUGAAGCACAUGAAUACAAACCUACUCUGUGAUCUGACGCCUAUCUUUAAAGACUAUGAGAAAUAUCUAGCAAACAUUGAACAGCAGCACGGGGACGGUGGCAGGAAUUCUGAAAGUGAAUCUAAACGGCAUUUAUAUAAAUGGCAGUUGAAACAGUCUCUUUCCCUUUUUGGCUCAACAAAAUUACAGCAAGAGUCAACGUUUUUGUUUCAUGGCAACAAAACUGAAGAUACACCUGGAAAGAAGGUGGAGGUUGCAACUGAAAAGCAAACAGACCUAUCACUAGGAGCAACAAGUGCCUCAUUGAACUUCGGCAAGAAAGUUGAUAGCUCUGUUGUGGGCUAAUUAAGCUCUGACCCCCUGACUGGAUUUUCAUUUUCCCCUGGAAAUUCCAGUUUAUUUGGCAAAGAUAUUACCCAGAGUAAACCAGUCUCUUCACCAUUUCCUGCUAAACCAUUGGAGGGCCAAAUAGAAGGUGACAGUACUGAAUGCAAAGGUGGAGAUGACAAAGAGAGUGAUGAGCCACCCAAAGUAGUAGUUACUGAAGUAAAAGAAGACGAUGCUUUUUACUUCCAAAAGUGUAAACUAUUUUACAAGAAAGACAAUGAGUUCAAAGAGAAAGGCAUAGGUACCCUGCAUUUAAAACCUACAGUGAAUCAGAAGACACAGCUUUUGGUGCGGGCAGACACCCAUUUAGGCAACAUAUUGUUGAAUGUUCUGAUUCCGCCCAAUAUGCCAUGUACCCAAACAGGGAAAAAUAAUGUUCUUAUCAUCUGUGUUCCAAAUCCACCAACUGAUGAGAAGAAUGCCACCAUCCCAGUUAUCACGUUGAUUUGGGUAAAAACCAGCGAGGAUGCAGAUGAGUUGCACAAAAUUUUACUGGAGAAAAAGGAUGACUGAACACGUGAAGUCAGCUGUGGAAUGAUUACCAAGUUGCUGCUUCCCCCACCCCCUCUUAAACUAUCAUCUACACCAUGGACAGUGAACGCAUAUGAAAUGAAAGUGAAGUCAAAGUGAAACCAUCCUAGAAAAAGAUGAUGCUCAUAGGCAUUUGCAACGUGAUCAACCCCACACAUAUGUAAACCAUCACCAAGUGAGUGCCUGGGAGCUUUGACACAUGAGCCAUGUGAAUUCACUGGAAAACAUGGAAUAAGGUCAUAGAAGAGAAAAUCGUGUGGAAAUUUUGCCUUUAACUUUAGAUAGCAGUGUAUUAUAUGUUUGAUACCUGAAAUAUCUUUACUUUUUAAAGAAGAUUCCAUGUGUCUGGAAGGGAGCCAUGGUUAUGCACACACAUAUCCACGUCACUUCUCCUGAGCUGUCAGGUAACGUGAGCAUUCUUUGAAGACUCUGGGCACAUGAAUGAGAUUCAAAAUUUAACCUUUACAUUUCCAUUUUCAUUUCUCAUGAAUCAUUUGAGACUAGUACCAGCUGAUGUUGUGUAGAGGCUGACGGUUAAUGUCCAAGGGCUCACAUGUGUAUGUUCUGAUCUUCAGUGCAGAGUGUAUUCUUAUUUAGAAAAGAAUAGUCAAAAUAACUGUGGAUGGUACAGAUGCUUUUUUAAAACUACGAUCUUUAGGUAUAAAGUUUUUUAUUUUAUUUUAUUUUAGG